AUGACUGCGCCCAAGAGCGUCGAGCAGAUUGUCGCCGAGGCAUCCAACUUCGACCAUGCAGCCAACAUCCCCCUCAACAUGGCCCUGCGCACCGCCCAGAACAUGACCAGCCAAGCUGCCAACUACGAGCGCGAUGCCAACCUCCAAGAAGCCUAUUACUUCCUCUACCGCCAUGCCGACUUCUUCUUUACUCACAUCUCAAAACACCCGGAUGCGAAGAAGCCAGAGUACAAGGCCCAAAUGGCCCGCACCCGCGACCAUGUCAAGGCUGAUCUGUCGCGUAUGGAGGCCUUGAAGCCUGAGAUCACAUCCCGCUACCAAAAGUACCAGGAUGUUGUCAAGAGAAGGAACCAACUCAAGUCGCAGACAGACACACCUGCCGCCUCGCAAGAGUCGUUCGUGCUCAGUGCUGCCGAACACAAAGACGUCGCUCUGCAACUGGCCAAUCGCGAACUCCGGAGAAGGGCAAAGGACUCUCGCGACGACAAUGCUGUCAUGGACGACCUAAGCCGUGGCAUUCAAGAUUUAGGCCGAUGCAUAGAUACCCCUCGCGAUUCAUCUCGCAACACAUCAACUUCACAGACUUCGUCCCCAUACCACUACCCAUCAGUACCGUCUCACGCCUCCAUUGUUCCGUCUUCACCAUCACUCGCACCCAGCCGACCGCCCAAGGACGAGCUAUCCAGUCACAAGGCACCUCCACCACUCCCUUCGAAACCAGUUCAGUCCCUCAAUUCUCCUCCACCACUACCCUCAAAGGCCGGCGGGCCGGCACGACCACCCAAACAAGACAUAUCGCCCACCCAGUCCUACCAAUUCCAACCAGCCGCCUACACCGAAAACGGCACUCCACUACGAACCCUCUUCCUGCCCACCUCCCUACGCACCUCCUUCGUCUCCCUCGCAGCCACCAACACCUCUUCCAACCUCGAAACCUGCGGUAUACUCUGCGGCACACUAAUCUCCAACGCUUUGUUUAUAUCACACCUAGUGAUUCCAGACCAAACAGCCACCUCCGACACUUGUGAAACCACCGAUCAGGGAGAAACAGAUCUUUUCGACUAUGUAGAUCAUGAGGGCUUGAUGGUUUGUGGUUGGAUACAUACACAUCCAACUCAGACUUGUUUCUUGAGCUCGAGGGAUUUGCAUACUAGUGUGGGAUAUCAGGUCAUGUUGCCUGAAAGUGUGGCUAUUGUUUGUGCGCCCAGUAAAUCGCCUGAUCAUGGUAUCUUCCGCCUUACGGAUCCUCCAGGCAAACAAGCGAUUUUGAACUGUCAUAAACCUGGUCUUUUCCAUCCUCAUGAUGUGGAUAAUCUAUACACUGAUGCCACAAGACCUGGCCAUGUCUCUGAACUAUCGGGUUUACAAUUCCAAGUCGUGGACUUGAGAAAAGGCAAGAAGUAG